AUGGGCUACACUGACGAAGAAGCAGCCGUUCACAACCGGCGACCUUCAAUAUUGGAGUGUGUGGGCGUUUGGUUCAUUAGUCUUUGUAUCGUAGCAGGUUUUAUUGCUGCUGUAGUUUAUUUUAUCAUUCUAGCGAUCAAAGACACGUCUCGCAAAGUUCCGGAGCCGGAGAUAGAAAUAGCUAAUAUGGAUUUCACGGCGCUUAACAUCACAGAAACUCGUCUUAGUGCAGAGUGGGAUUUGUCGAUACGUAUCCCUUACGAUAUUCCUGGUUUAUAUAUCUGUCUUCAAGGAGACCUUCAGGCUUCCUUUCUUUACAAGAAUGUUACUCUUGCUACUUCAUCCCAACAAAAGUACAACAAUCUCAAAUACAACGCGCCUCAGGUUCUUAAGGUUUCAGCGCAUGUCUCUGAAGAAGAUAUAGAUGGGUCGAUUGGUAAAGAUAUCAUGAAAGAUAUGAAAGAGAAGAAGGAAGUGCGGUUUGGAACGCGGUUUUCUCUUACGGAUUGCAGUGCAGAAUCGACAGGAGUUAUGAGUUAUGUGUGCGAUGAAGUCUCCUUGAGGUUCGAACCAGGAUCCGAGAUGAAAGCGACUUUGUUUGGGAAGCACGCGUCAAUUCUUGACCUAGCUUGUUUCCUACCAGCUCCCCACCAAAGUGUGUUUAAACAAGGAUUUUAG